GACGGAUGCAACAUUUGCUUUUGCCCAGUAAUGUGCUAAUGAUAUGGCCUGAUAGAAAUCCAGCCUGUGUCUAUACAAAAACUGACGUAGUGGCCUAGGCCAACGUGGCAAUUGACGUGCUAAAGUUGUUGUGCUUCAACAUAUGCGAUUUGUUGUUACCACAUAAACCCGAGACUCCACUAGUCUCCUUGGACAAUGAACAGUGGCAAACAACGGAUACGACAGCGCCCUUCCCUAAGGAUCAAGCUAAUUAUUUGAAAUAACAACGGUAUUGGGAAACCUCCGACCGACCCUAGUUGCGAGACGAUAAUGGCAUCUCAUGAUAGGCGAAUGCCCACAGUGUGGCUAAUAGGUGGCGGAACUGAGUCUCUAGUCGCUGCCUCCUGCCUCAUUCACGAGGCACACGUACAAGGCUGGCAGAUUCAUGUUCUUGAGGGAGAAUCCCAAAUAAAGCCCUUUGAAGGUUUCAGCUAUGGGCACUCAUCUAGGCAUCCAGCACCCUCAGCUUCGAACAUAUGCAAUUGUAGCUUUUACAAGUCGUUAGUCACUGAUGGCAAUUAUGCGCCUGCGAUUUCCCACAGCAAGAAGACGAGGCCCCUGUCUUCUACCCGACAUGACACAGAGAUCUUUAUGUCGCAAUCACAAAACUUUGCUAGUCAAGAACAUGCCUGGCUGAAGAAUCGCAGGGAUAUACUUUACUUCCUGCUUCAAGAAGAAGAAAACUUCUCGAAUACUAGUAUCCAGGAUGUUUUCGAAAGUUCGAUAUUUGAAACGCGCUUCUGGAAGCUAUUUUCAUCGAGUUUUGGACUCCAUCCAUCACACUCAGCCCUCGAAUUUCAUCGGUAUAUCUGCAAAUAUAUGGACGAAAUUGUUGAAUCCCGAGUCACCGACCGCCUGCAUCCUGUGCUAGACAAGAGUUUUGCAAACCACCUCAAACCCUACUUGAGUGCUCGAGGGGUCCGAUUCCGAGACAUUCGAGUGACAGACAUAAUAUUUGAACUGAAAAGUGAAUCUAGCGCAGUAUGCUACAUACAAGCAUCCGAAAAGAUUGGCAAUAUCCUUCUACCGGUGGCAACUGAAGACAUCGUGAUUGUGACUAUCGGAUCUCCAACAUCAGGUAUGGUAACAGGAACUACGGCAGCCCCGCCACCAGCAACCCCGAGUAAGGCCGAAAGCUUGCUCGACAAUAAUUGGCGGCUGUGGUUUGCCUUGGCCAAAAAAUCACAAAGAUUCGGUAACCCGUCAUCAUUUUGCACCCGUCUCUCUGAGUCUCGACUUGGAAUGUUUACUGUGAAUCUGUCCUCACGGCAAUAUACCCAAAUUCGUGCGCGGUCUAUAGAGGCUUAUGCUGGAGGCCACGAUAAUGCAUUCAUUAGUGAAAGCGCAUGGUCAUUGCAAGUUUCGUUUCCGGGGCAGCUGCACUUCACCGAUGGCGUCAGAGGAACCUGUUCCAUAAUCGGCCACUGUUUCACACCUGAUAGGCUUGGCCAUUAUGUCAAAAAACCCAUGUUCACAUGCAGCGGUGAUGAAGUCCUAGCAGAAUUACUUGGCUACCUCGACAUUCCGGGGGACGAUAUACUACUCAAUGCGACGACAAGACCCAUUAUACUGCCUCUUGGUCUCUCACCGCUGAUGAGACGAGAUUGUGGGGAUCGGCCGGAAAUCAUUCCACGACAAACAAGAAAUAUCGCGUUAAUUGGCCAAUAUGUUGAGAUGGCCGAAGAAACUGCUCUCACAAUGGACUAUGGUAUAAGGUCUGCACUAACAGCAGUAAAACAAUUAGUGGGACCUAGUUUGUAUCUUACAGAAGUGCAAAAGUCGUUCUUAUCUGCAAGGUACGGUCACAGGUCCACGGGAGUGAAUAAGAAAUAUAUCUAA